ACGGGAAAUUCGGUCGUAAUCGAACUGAGUGACGGUGAUGAUGAACCGGAGGAGGAGGAAGAAGAAGUAGAAACAGAAAUUUGUGAGCUACAGGACGCAUCCAGUUACGCUGAUGCUGAUGGGAAAAUCGUACUGAAUCCUAAUCGCACCGAUGAAAACGAGCCAGAGGUCCUUUUGCCUCCACAAAUAGCUCGAGUGAUCAAGCCACAUCAGGUCAGCGGCGUACGUUUCCUAUACGACAAUGUAGUCGAAAGUUUGGAACGUUUUCAUCAGACUGAUGGAUUUGGUUGCAUUUUGGCACACAGUAUGGGUUUGGGUAAAACCAUCCAGAUAAUCGGUUUCCUCGAGUCGCUGUUCCGUUAUUGCAAGGCCCAACGUGUGCUGGUUGUUGUACCCAUCAAUACCAUUCAGAACUGGCAAGCGGAGUUCGAAAUGUGGGUACCGAGUGAUACAUCUAAGCGUACAGCACAACAAAGUGUCAAGUCGGAACCGCCAAGUGCAAAUAACGAAAAUUGCGAGACAGCCGAAUCCCGGGACGAUCUGGAAGUUUCAGAAACUAACAUAUUUGAAUCCCCUGCCUUAAAAUCAACCAGCACAUUCGAGUCGACAGAUGCCGAGCAAACAGCGGAGGGAGAGUCAGAUCACGGAAUGUGCGAGGCUUCAGAGUCACCGAAUAUAAAAGCUUCUUUGAAUCCAUGCGUUCGGUCGUUCAAACUGUUUGUAGUUCGGGAUGUAAUCAAAACAAUGACACAACGUCACGAGAUAAUUUGUCAGUGGUUCACUGAAGGUGGUGUUCUACUGUUGGGUUACGAAAUGUUCCGUCUUCUUCUCAAUCAAAAACGAACACCUCCUGCCCCGACUUUGUUAAAGACUGAGGUUCGGGGUAAGAGAAGGAAGAAAGCUUUGUGCGUUGAUUUGGAAAAAGAAGAGAAGAAAGAAAAGAUGUUGGCUGAUUUUCAUACGGCACUCCUCGACCCUGGUCCGCAGUUGGUGAUCUGUGAUGAAGGGCAUCGGAUCAAAAAUAGCGAGGCCUCUAUUUCCAAAGCCUUAAAGGCUAUCCGCACACGGCGCCGUGUUGUUCUCACCGGUUAUCCGUUACAAAACAACCUGAUGGAAUAUUGGUGUAUGGUAGAUUUUGUUCGACCAAAUUAUCUGGGCACAAAGCAAGAGUUCACCAACAUGUUCCAACGUCCCAUUGAGAAUGGACAGUGUAUUGACAGUACACCUGAAGAUCGGAAGAUAAUGCAAGGUCGUGCCCACGUGCUCCAUGAUCUUCUAUCUGGGUUCGUUCAGCGACGCUCUCAUGCGGUACUCAAAGCCAGUCUGCCUCCGAAAACCGAGAUUGUACUUCUGAUCAAGUUGUCUCCCUUGCAACGCACUUUGUAUGCUGCUUUCAUGCGCAGUUUGAAUUCAAUCGGACCUUUGGGUUGGGCCCAAGUGAAUACACUGAAGACUUAUGCCAUGUGUUGUAAGAUAUGGAACCACCCGGACAUCCUCUGGCGUGCAAUGGAAGAGCACAAAGAAGCAAUGGAUUUUGACAUAGAAGAUCCUUCAGCUUCUGGUGCCAUGGCUGCCAAAGGGAUGCAUCGUAGUACGACGACUACCAAUAUGUCGACUGCUAACGCAAACCAAACUGUGUUUCCCAAUUUGAAUAUGCACACUGGCGCUUCUACUGCGUUCUCUGGUGGUACGCAACCUACUGCUAAUACAAACGCAUGGCAAUCCCAGGCCACUACUGCGGGGGUUAAUUUUCCUUUCCCUAACGCGCAAAACCAAGAAGUCCAAAACCUGACCGUGCCCUCAGUUUCGAAUCCUGGACUCACGUCGCCUCCAUCACUGCCGGCCUCAAUGUACAGUCAUAACUCCUCGCAGGCCAGCAACGUCGGAACAUACGAUUGGGCCUCGGACUCGGAGUUGUGGGGGCCUGAAUUUAAACCCGGUAAUGUCGAACACAGUGGAAAGAUCAUGAUUUUCCUCAGCUUGUUGGAAGGCUGUGUGAUGGCCGGUGACAAAUUGUUGGUGUUCACCCAAAGUUUAUUUACUUUGGAUCUACUGGAGCGAAUACUUCGUCAGCUUCCUCUUCCAAAAACCGAACUGACUGACGAAAAAAAUCGAAGUAGCGCUAACUCGUCGUUAGAAGAACAAAGUAACCUCACCGCACCAAUCUUGCAGCCGGCGGGCAUCAGCCAGAAUACUUCAGAUCGUGAUACUAUGAACACACCGGAAGCGCCACAAAUAUUGGAAUGCGAACCGCCGACAGUCACUUUUCCACCCACUGAAGAUGGAUUGGCUGAGGGUACUUUAGAUGAGUCGCACGUAAUGAACAGCACAUCGAUUAUUUCCGAUAAAUGUGAGAUAGUAACUCCCAACACUGGGUCGGAGGAAAACAAAGAUGUACCAAAUCAUGCAACCAACCCCUUGCUCGAAUUCGAAGGGGAGGAAACUUUACGAUCAUUGCACUAUCGUUUAGCCUCCAGACUGGGCAGUUUGAACCAGCCGACGGUUUGGACGAAGAAUGUUCAUUAUUUUCGCUUGGAUGGUAGUACCACCGCGAGUGAACGUGAGAAACUCAUCAAUCAUUUCAAUGAUCCGAAAAAUCCGGCAAAGCUUUUCCUCGUUUCCACUCGUGCCGGUUGUCUGGGUGUGAACCUGAUCGGCGCGAACCGGGUGGUCGUUUUUGAUGCCUCUUGGAAUCCGUGCCACGAUUGUCAAGCCGUUUGUCGGGUUUAUCGCUACGGUCAGGUAAAACCAUGCUAUAUCUAUCGUUUGGUUUCUGACAACACUAUGGAAAAGAAAAUAUAUGAUCGUCAGGUUACCAAACAAGGCAUGUCCGAUCGUGUUGUAGAUGAAUUAAAUCCAUCGCAACAGUUCACUCGUUCGCAAGUUGAACUACUCAUGUCGUUUGAAGACAAGGAUUUGGAAAGCAUUUCAGACAACGAUCUGGAAAAAUGCGCUGAUCUGAUUAAACCCGAUCCUGUCUUAGCGACGGUUUUGGAGAAGCAUAAAGGCUGGAUCACAAAGACACCUUUUACUCAUGAGUCGUUGCUAAUCGAUCGCAAAGAUUACCGUCUGACCCGAGUGGAAAAACGAAUGGCCAAGCAGCGUUACGAACAGGAAAAACGUCUUAGUCUGAGUUAUCAGCAGGCUCAUCUGUUCCAACUUCAACGGAUGCAAGCGCUUCAACAACAGCAACUUUUGGCUGCUGGUAUCAAUCCAGCUUUGGUCGACACCAGUCGCUUCAUGCCAAGAACACCCGCCAUUCUAUCGCGUAGCAAUUUGAAUUACCGUGCCACAUACACCAGCGGGAUGGCUGCCCUGGAUGCGAUGCGCCAGGUUGAACAUGGAACGUUCCGAAAUCCUGAAUGUAAAGUGACACGCAUUGUUGCCACAUCAGACUUGUACUUUCCAUCAACCACGAAUUCCACAACGACUCAGCGUAAAAUCCCAAAAGGGGAAGUGAUGGAAGUCAUACAGACUAGUAAAGGAAAAUAUCUGCGGAUUACACGUACUGGAGACUUGUUUGUGGUGAAGACAAAUGCUUCAACAACACAGUCUUCCGAAUCGUCUACUGGUCAAACUUCAGCAGAAGAUUCCAGUCAACCUGUGUCUAGCACCGGUGCACCCUCGACCACUGCGGCGGGAACAGCGGUAGACAAACCACAGUUGCAGCUACCUGGUAUGGAUAAUGAUCGUGCUUCGUCUUUGGAGGAUGGAGAUUCCAAGAACUCUAAGAUGAUCUCUUCAAAAACAUCCUCACAUUCGGGUUCUUCAAUUUCAAACGACAGAUUAGGAGAUGAUGCUCGUUCUGUUAGCUCCAUUGGUCAACGGUCUUCCAAAACUGACCACGGACUUGGCUCAGCUCCCUCUCUCGGUCAAGAAAGUGCGCGAACUUCUUACGGAUCCGACGCGAUCCGAUUUCCGCGAGCCGACUGUGCCACGGACGCUAGCAGCGCGAAUCAGCAGCAGCGGUUCACAUCUGCCAGUGAAAGCCAGGGCUCCAACGAUUCGAGCUUCUCUCAUCUGUCUCCUCUGCGUCCACCCAAAGCUGUCGAUCUCAACCAACCUCAAUUUCCGGCCUCUACUCAGCUUCGGAGUCCUACAGCUACUGCUUCCACACCGACAGCGGUAGCUGCUCAUACUGUUCGGACUCCUGAACCAUACAGCGCACAAACUGCCCCCACCCGCGCGGCGCAUCAGAAUGACACUAGGUCGGCCUCCGAGGAACAGUACCACAAAACAUCGAGACAGUUGGAGCAGAAUCAGUUGAAUUCAUGGCUUUGCCAAACUUGCGGCCGUCCUGCUCUGAUGGGAUGUAUAUGCCAGACCAAUUCCAGACAGCAUACUGGUUCUGAAAAGCCCAGCGUCCAAGAAGCCACCCCGGCACACACGUCCUCAGGUUCUGGCAAGGGUAGAGAAGUGGCCUGCGCCUCAUUCACGGGUUCAACUGGUGUUGGUGAUGCUUCAACCCAGUCCUCUCGAGAGAACAGUUUCCUGAGUUCUAACAGUUACGAUUCAGGCUUCGCAGCACAGUACUACCAAGCUGCAGCUGUACAAAGACAACAUGAACAGCAGCAACAGCAACAGUACCUAAGGGCUGCUGAGAAAGUUGCACGUCAAUCGGCAGCCGCUGCCUAUAUGAAUCUGAAUAAACAAGCGCAGGCUCAGGCACAAGCACAGGUCCAGGCUCAAGCUCAAGCGCAGGCACAGGCUGCUCAGGCACAACACAGUACCACCUCGGGUUCACAUCAUUCAGGUGCCAUACAAACUCCGCCUCCUCCAUCUCGGCGUGAUUUUGGUCUCCUCAAUCAGGGCCAAAAUAUGACCUCACCACAGCACAUGCUGUCUCACAAUUCUUCCUCUCUCCAUACCACCGCAUCGGUCUCAUCCUCAUUCCCGAGUUCCCCUGUCCAAAGUCCCGCUUCUGUGGUGCACGAAUAUUUCGCUCAUUUGGCCGGGCAACAACAAGCUGCCAGAUUUUCCGUCCCAUCUCAGGACAGCGCCCAAUCCCAUUCAGUUACUUCUGCUAUGCAGCAGUAUCUUGCUGCGGGUAAUCAUCAAACUCAUGCUCAGUCGAACUCUACGGUGGGAGCUGAUUUCUAUGCCCAUCUGUCACAACGUCAUUUUGACCACAACAACCAGUCCCGGGCAGUGACUACUCAACAAGUGGCAUCUACGGAGCACCCCACGCGACCAGAUGCUUCUCGUAGCCAAUUUGCUUUUGGGUCACCGACUGCGCACAGUACAGUUACACCUUUUGACCGACUACAGGCUAGUAAUCUGCUUCCAAACUUUCGAUUCCCAUGA